AUGGGAGGAGAAGACAGUGAAAGAAACCUUGCUGAAGAACAUGAAAAAAAAAGAAGUUAAAAGUCAGGUUCAUUCUGUGGAAGUGAACGUUGAUCAAGGGGAUGAUACUGGUGCAGGUUUUCGAUUCCAAUUUAUCGUAUUGUAUUUCGUUAUUAUUAAUCAAUAGUAUUAAUAUAAUUUUUAACGAUAGUAUGAUCCAUAACUAA